AUGCAAACUGCAGACAUUUGUCCCCUGGUCAUGGUAAUCUUGCGAGUCAAAAGCGAUAUGAGCAAGGCAUUCAAGAAAAUUUCCGGUUUGAAAGAUGUCAUGCCAACGGAAUACGGGGGCCAUGGCGGCCCGGUUCAAUCAGCUAUUGACAGUUGGAGUGCUGAAUUCAAAGAGUUCUACUCCAACGGUUAUCCGUUGGCAUCCAUCCAGGUGGACGAAACCAAGCGGCCAGCUUCCGCUCGAAAUUAUAUGAAAGAAUACAAAGACGCUGAACCGACAAUGAUGGGCAAUGCUGGCACGUUUGUGAAGCUCGAUCCGGGGGACUGA